GAGUGAGGGAGGCGGCGCGCGGACGGCGCUCGCACCGACGGACGGACGCACGCGCCGACGGCGGCCCGGCUCCGCGCGCUGGAAGAUGAACAGGGCAGAUUCACCGAAACCACCAGUUGCUCCCAAGCCAAAGACUGCCAGUCCACUCACACCAGUGACCACACCCAAACUCCCUCCCUCCCCCAGGCCAGAGAGUCUUCACAGUCCACACUGCACAUCCAGGGGGCCGAAACCUCCUAUCGCCCCUAAGCCCAGGCUGGCCGCCCCCAGCGAGUGGAGAGCCAGCGUGUCCGUGAACAGCUGGGGCAAAUGCAGCAACGGGAAGCUGCUCUGUGCAGCCCGGGGGCUCCAUGAAGGGCACCGCUUCCACCCAGAGUGCUCCGAGUCAGAGACAGACGAGGAUGACAUCGUGGCCCCCAGUGCUCCAGCGGGAGAGGACAAACCCAAGGACGGGGCCUAUGCGGAAAAUGAGGUCCUGGCGCCUCCGGAUGCUGGGGAAGGGGAACGUGGAGGUGGGAGCCAGGAGUGUGGCGCGGAGGGGGUGGGAGCUGGAGAGGACUCAGCUGCCCCAGGAGCCCCAGCUGAAGGGCUGCUGAGUGGAGAGGGUGAGGAAGGCGUAGACCACAGUCCUGAAAAUGGGGAGGAUGACUGUGACAAUGACCCAGGGACAGAGGAGCAGGUGUCCACAGGUGAGGAGGAGGAUCUGGUAAAGGAACACAACGUGUACAACCUGGAAGACAGAGGCCCUUGGGAUGGAGAGGAGGUCUUUGGGAGUGAUAUUAUCCUAGCUCAUGUCAACUCAGAGGAUCCAGUGGCCCCUGGCGAGGAGUCCGGGCCCCCUGAGACUCCCGGGGAGGUGGAAGAGGAUGGUGAGGAAGGCUGUGCCCAUGCAGGACCAGGGGGGCCAGACGAGGGUGAGGAUGGGCUCACUGAGGACACUGGGCAGGAUGCAGAAGAUGCCAGUGAGGAGUCCCCUGAGGAUGAGUCAGCCAUGGGUGUCCAGGAGGCAGGGACAGCCACAGAUGACCCUGAAGUCUCUGAGGAUGUUGCCUGUGAAGAUUCCACAGGUGGCGAGGACCAGCUUGACCAGGAUGAACUACCUGACCACGGUGAGAAAACCAAUCAAGAAGAAAUGGCAGGAGCCACCCAGGAGGCGGAAGAUGACCUGCCAGAGGGCAAGGACCCGGUGCAGGAUGAACCCCCCGAGGAGAGCUGCCAGAUCAUUCCUUUCGAGAAUGCCUGUAUCAACGAUUUCAUGACUUCACUCACCGAGAAUCCCUACGAGUUCUUCCCGACUGAGAGCACCUCCUUUUGUAGUGACAGCUACUCUCCUUUUUCUGGGUCUGAGCAGGAAGGGAAGUCAAGGGUCUGUGUACAGGAGCACCCCAUGGCUGGAAGUGUAGGUGGCCUGCGGGGUGGAGCCAGGGAGGGCCCCUCUGUCCCCGAUGUGGUGGUCAUGCCCGAGGAUGCAGACGCAGUGGAUGACUCGCUGACCAACCCCUAUGUGAUUGGCCCAGGCACUUGCAGUGCGAGGGAAGAUGCACCCUCCAACAGCAACGGUGGCCUGGUCCCCAUUGACAGGAAGGGCAUGGUCACGCGGGCCCGGCCCCACUCUGCAAAAGUGGCUGGCUAUGUCCCAGAAACUGUCCUGGAAGAAACUGGGCCAGAGGCCGGUCCACCAGCCGGUGUGGGAGGCACUGCCGAGCAGGCAGGAGAGACCAGGGCACCACUGGAGGGGGCGCCACCGGAGUCUGGCCGGGCCUUGCCCGCGAAGCCCAGGGCCUGCACCCUGUACCCACGGUCGUUCUCCGUGGAGGGCCGAGAUGUGCCGGCGUCCAUGUACCGGGAGCCAGAGGCAUGUGGGUUAGAUGACCGCAGGGUAAAAAGGAAGGAGGACAACCUUUCUCUGUCCUGUGUGAUUGGCUCUUCCGGGAGUUUCUCCCAGAGAAGCCACCUGCCGUCCAGCGGGACCUCCACCCCGUCGUCCAUGGUAGACAUCCCACCCCCUUUCGACCUGGCCUGCAUCACCAAAAAGCCCAUCACAAAGAGCUCUCCCUCGCUUCUGAUCGAGAGUGACGCCCCAGACAAGCAGGCCAAGAAGAAGAAGUCGUCCUUCAAGCGGCUCCUGGCACUGACCUUCAAGAAGAAGACAGAGAGCAAAGUGCACGUGGACGCAAGCAUGUCCUCCUCUAGGUCCUCUUCGGAGUCCAGCUACCACGGGCCCUCCCGGAUUCUGGAAAUUGACCGCAGAAGUCUCAGUAACUCCCCCCAGCUGAAGACUCGCACUGGGAAGCUCCGGGCCACAGACUCUCCUUCCUCCCUCAUCUUCUGCCGAGAUGGCAAGAGGAAGGGCAUCCCCUUCAGCAGGACGGUGUCCAGAGUGGAGUCCUUCGAAGACCGCUCGCGGCCGCCCUUUCUGCCCUUGCCGCUGACCAAGCCCCGGUCCAUUUCAUUUCCCAACGCCGACACGUCGGACUAUGAGAACAUCCCAGCCAUGAACUCGGACUAUGAGAACAUCCAGAUCCCGCCCCGGAGGCCUGCGAGGGCUGGCACGUUCACAAAACUGUUUGAAGAUCAGAGCAGAGCCUUGUCCGCAGCAAACGAAAAUGAUGGCUAUGUGGACAUGAGCAGCUUCAAUGCCUUCGAGAGCAAGCCACAGAACACAGACCAGGAUGCAGAAAGUGCCUACACGGAGCCCUACAAAGUCUGUCCCAUCUCGGUGGUGGCCCCCAAAGAGGACCUCACAUCGGAUGAAGAGCAGGGAAGCUCGGAGGAGGAGGACAGUGCUCCAAGAGACCCCAGCCUUACCCACAAGGUGGAAGGACAGUCCAGAGCCCUUGUCAUCGCACAGGAACUGCUGUCUUCGGAGAAAGCAUACGUGGAGAUGCUCCAGCACUUACAUCUGGAUUUCCAUGGAGCUGUCAUGAAGGCCUUGGAUGACAUGGACCAAGAAGGCAGAGACACAUUGGCCCGGGAGGAGCUGAGGCAGGGCCUGAGUGAGCUCACAGCCAUCCAUGACCUUCACCAAGGCCUCCUGGGGGAGCUGGAGGAGAGGCUGUCCAACUGGGAGGGCCAGCAGAAGGUGGCCGACGUCUUCCUGGCAUGGGAGCAGGGGUUUGACCACCAUGCUGCCCACAUCCUGCAGUUUGACAGGUACCUGGGUCUGCUUGGUGAGAACUGCCUGCACUCUCCCCGGCUGGCAGCGAUUGUCCGGGAAUUUGAGCAGAGUCUGCCAGGAGGCGGCCAGACCAUGAAGCACCAGCUGCUGAGGGUGGUGCGGCGCCUCUUCCAGUACCAAGUGCUCCUUACAGACUAUUUAAACAACCUCUGCCCAGACUCGGCUGAGUACGAUAGCACACAGGGUGUGCUGACGCUCAUCUCCAAAGUUACAGACCGUGCCAAUGACAGCAUGGAGCAAGGGGAAAACCUGCAGAAGCUGGUCCACAUUGAGCACAGUGUUCGGGGCCAAGGGGACCUCCAUCAGCCAGGAAGGGAGUUUCUGAAAGAAGGAACACUAAUGAAAGUGAUGGGGAAAAACAGACGGCCCCGGCACCUGUUUCUGAUGAGUGACGUGCUCCUGUACACAUAUCCCCAGAAGGACGGGAAGUACCGGCUGAAGAACACGUUGGCGGUGGCCAGCAUGAAGGUCAGCCGCCCUGUGAUGGAGAAAGUGCCCUACGCUCUGAAGAUCGAGACUUCCGAGUCCUGCCUGGUGCUCUCUGCAAGCUCCUGUGCGGAGAGGGACGAGUGGUACAGCUGUCUGAGCAGAGCCCUCCCCGAGGACUACAAGGCCCAGGCGCUGGCUGCAUUCCACCACAGCCUGGAGAUACGGGAGAGGCUGGGGGUUAGCCUGGGGGAGAGGCCCCCGACCCUGGUGCCUGUCACCCACGUAAUGAUGUGCAUGAACUGUGGCUGCGACUUCUCCCUCACCCUGAGGCGUCAUCACUGCCACGCCUGUGGCAAGAUCGUGUGCCGGAACUGCUCACGGAACAAGUACCCUCUGAAGUACCUCAAGGACCGGAUGGCCAAGGUCUGCGACGGCUGCUUCGGGGAGCUGAAGAAGAGGGGUGGGGCUGUCCCGGGCCUUAUGAGAGAGCGGCCUGUGAGCAUGAGCUUCCCCCUGUCCUCAUCCCGCUUCUCGGGCAGUGCCUUCUCAUCCGUCUUCCACAGCAUCAACCCCUCGACCUUCAAAAAACAGAAGAAAGUCCCUUCGGCCCUGACCGAGGUGGCUGCCUCUGGAGAGGGCUCUGCCAUCAGUGGCUACCUCAGCCGGUGUAAGAAGGGCAAGCGGCACUGGAAGAAGCUCUGGUUUGUCAUCAAAGGCAAAGUUCUCUACACCUACAUGGCCAGUGAGGACAAAGUGGCCGUGGAGAGUAUGCCUCUGCUAGGUUUCACCAUCGCCCCAGAAAAGGAAGAAGGCAGAAGCGAAGUAGGACAUAUUUUUCAUCUUUACCACAAGAAAACCCUAUUUUAUAGCUUCAAAGCAGAGGAUACCAGUUCAGCUCAGAGGUGGAUCGAGGCCAUGGAAGAUGCUAGUGUGUUAUAGCAGUUAUCAAGCAUAUGGACUCAGAAUAAACUCUUAGGUUGAUAUGUGAACCCUUCCAGAAGCUAAUCCAUGUCUCAACUCAUCCGGACACACAUCUGGAUUCAGCAUGGGGCUUGACCUUUUUUGCUGUAACAUCCCCUCCCUUCCCAAGUGGAACCCUUAAGGAAUAUUUAUGGACCUCUCCUUUUCUGUCUUCGUGUUUUCUACCCCUUACCCCUGGUCAUAAACUAUUUCCUUAUCCAGCAGUGAGUUAAAAUUUAGUAACAUGAAGAUGUGGAAACCAAUAGAAAAGUACAUGUUAGAAAUGCAGGCUUUUUAGUAGAAACAAGCUUUUACAGUUUUUAGUCAUGGUAAAUAUGAUCACCUUUCACAGGAUCGAUUUUGGCAUCCCAGGUGAAAUGAGAAACAACUAGUAAGUAACAGCUACUCUCAUUGAAAGCACUUUAUUGUUUUACUGAGCUGCAACCUCCAAUUUUGUGUUUUCCAAGUGAUUUACUUAAGUUAAUAACAGACGGAGUCCUGUGGACUAAUUUGCCACCGGUCCCCUAAUAAGGGUAUACAUACAAUUGCCUCAUGCAGACCUGGCUGUGGCUGGCCAUUGCAUGAGCACAUGACAUCACUGUGGAGAGUCCAUGCUCCACUGGAUAGGAGGAGAGGAUUUUCUCUUCCAGUUGAUCAUGCGACCUGUAUACUGACAUAACUUAUUAAAGGAGAGGCUCUCUCCUUCCCAUGGUAGUCCUCAACACUACACCAGUGCUGGAAAUGUAGCCGCUGGCAGAUCUGGGCCCCCAGAGGUCACUGCAGACCCUCUGAAGAGUCAGGGUCUGCUUUAAUUUAUUGUAUGCCUUCCUGUGUUUCCCCACUUGAAGCUGACGUCGUGUUGAUGGGAACCUAUUUUUAUUUUAGACAUAUAGUAGUAACCCUUAGGCUGUUUUGCCAAAGCCUUUUUAGUUUUGAAAGAGGUAAAAAAGAGAAGUCAAGAUAUGAUCAGAAUUUUUAGUAUUAGCAGAUGGCUCUGGACACAGGAAGGGAGCACAGAAGUAGUGGCUUCAAGAUAUUCUCUGGCCACCUGGGGCUAAAUCACCUCCUGCUGAUGACUUGCUCAUUAUGCUAGACGGUUUUUCACAUAAGGCAGAGGAGGUGUGAGGGGUGGGAUUCCUUGUUACUCUCAUUGCAAUAAAAAAACAUAUCAUUUUCUGAUAUAUCCUGUCCCCAUUUUUCUGAUGCCCUCUGUCACCUAAAAAGACAUUUGCUGACAAACCUUUUGUAAAAGCACCAU